AUGCCCCUCCUGCUUGCACCCUACAAUGACAGCAUGCGUCUGGGCAUGGGGUUCAACUCGUACACCCAGACGAUGUGCAUCGACGGCACCGUCGAUGCUACGGAUGAGACCAUGAUAACUUCAGAGACACUCCAACCGAAAAUCACGUCCACGUCUAAGCUCUUCGAACGGUUGUCCGAGGUCGUCGAUAUGAUGGAUAUUUCACGCGCUGCCACUAUGACAAGUGGCAUAAUGGAUGUCCAUGGACACAUGAAUGUACUCAACGACACUAAGAUCGACGAUGCCGAUAUUAGUCUAAUGGUAUCAGUGCGGGUGAUGAGCAAAAUCAUCAGUCUAAAAGGCUCUGCGAGAUUCCUUCCAAUCGAUGGCAUGGAAGCUGGCUCGCCCAGAUUCAACGAGACGUUCGGAGACUCUUAUAUCUCUGGGUUAACCGGCUCUGCCAUGGACUUGAGGAAUAUCUGUAAAGAAGUUGCGAUCACAUCUGUCAACCACGGCGUAGAGGUAACAGGCGUUACAGACGUCGCGUCUAUACUAAGGAUAGCCGGCGAAUUUCCUGCUCUUGUCGCCCAAGAUCCUCAGAGAACUUGGGCCAUACUUACCAAGUACAAGGCAAAUCGCAGCUUCAAUGAAUGGUCAAGACAUCAGAUCCUGAAGCCGCUUGAUUACGACAGUGUUGCGUCAUAUACGUCUAAGCUCUUUGACAACUACAUCCAGUACAGCGACUUGUCAAGAAAGGUUAAGGAUAUCAUCUCUCAGCGAGACAAAUAUUCUCAGGUCGACAAAACUAGGGCUAUCCCGCUUGAACUCAACACUCUCCUGGCUGCGCGCCGUGCGCUUGAUAAAGAGAUGGACAAGAUUGUUGCAGUGGUGAAUACUUUGACACGACACCCAGAGCUCCUGCCCAACAUCGACCUUCUGGACGCAAAUCCCAAGAACGGCCUUGUGCAAGGCAUCGUCAACGAAGCCCUUUCUGAAUCUUCUCGACCCAUACCGCAAGAAGAGUCCACGGUUCAAGAAAAUCCAUUCCUGUCUUCGGUUGCGGACUGCGUCCCGAGCGAGUCGAGCAGCGGCAUCGAAGAGCUUCAUACACCUUGUACUUCUGAUAUUGACUCUUGCAGUAUCAGUGACGGAUCCCUUGUAUUCCGAGAUGAAACAGAGCCCUCCAAUGAUCUGGCAACGCGAAUGCUGGUCCCGCCUGAAGUCUGGGCGGACUUGCUCCCUGUGAAGAAUGAUCCUCCGACCAGUCUCGUCAGCCAGCCAGCCAAGACCGCUCCAGCACUCAACACUCCAGCACCCACCGUCAACUACAAAGAGCUCCAGAUUCUUGCCGCUAUAUGCGGAUCGUAUGACGUGGCUGCUAAGCUCCAGGGUUGGGUGAGUCCCGGAGAAAACGGAGAUCGGCUGGUCAUCCCCUUGGAAGACAUCAAAACCCUUGAGGAAAACGAUGACCGUAGGGGCUUACCACCAGGGACCACGACCAAGCUGUGGUUCGUCUACAAGUACACUGAUAUGCCCAUACGUGUUUUUUCACUUGAUUAUGACGCGCAGUCAACUGAAACACUGGAAAUUACACAUGAUGGCUUGGAAGGUGUUGUUUUCUAUACGUACUCAAAACUCAAGGGAAUUCAGAGCGCCGUUUCCAUGGGUACCGCAGGAAGCACGUUGGUGGAUCAACAACAACUUGCCACCAGAGCCAAGAUAGGCAAAGAGGCCACAGAUGACGUCUCGGAGAAGGAAAGCAAGCAGGUCAAACUAAACCAGGUCGCUCUGGCCAAAGGCAUCCACGCGUCUGACUACUCUUGUACCUUCCAGCGCGGCACCCUGAAAGUCAGUCCCUCUGAGACAGCCUUUCUACACUUUGAGAAUGGCGUCAAGUUUUUCUUCCGGAACAACGGUAGAUUCGAAGUCCUUGAUAAGCAUGAUGAGGUCUUUUGGUCCAGCGAGGAGGCACCGAAAGCUAUACUGGACGCCCUUGAUGAAGAGCUUCACUCGCCGUGA